AUGACGACACCCUCUGAGGUGGCACAUGCCUUCAUAGCCCCUCAAGAGCGAGUUCCAGUUACGAUACUAUCUCUCGCCGCAACGUCGAUAGAUGCAGUACCAUGCUCAGCCACCAACGGCGCCAUCCAGCGUUGCGGAUGGUGCGGUAGCCACGAUGGAUGCAGUACCAUGGUCGACUGGCUUCCUGGCUUUUGUGAUAUAACGACCGGCGCUAUGGUGCUUGUGGAUAUGGUCUUGCACGUUCUGCCUCGCGGCUCUCACCCGCGAGGCGCACCAUCACGCCGGCUCAGGCAGGAAGCCAGCCGCACCUGGUUCUUGCAGCAAGAAGACAUUGCCACAGGCACUGAACAUGCUCUCUGUGGAGUCAUUCUCCCCUUCGUCGACGGGGAGAUGCUCAGGGCAGGAUGGGGGCUGCUGGGAGGGCCACAGCUAGUAGCUAGUUUGCUGUGGCCCACCACAACACCCCAACGACGCAACCCAAUGUUACGUUGGAUCGCGACGCCCCCAAUAACAUUUCCCUAA